GCAAUAAUAUAUUUUUUUAUUGUUUCUCAUAGAAUAUGGAAAGGCACAAGGUAGAACGAGAGCCUACCAGAACCUAACAUAGAGAAGAACCACCAUCACCGUCACCGGCAGCAGCAACAACACCGUAACGAAGCGUACGUGGGGCACGUGGGAGGAGUUGUUGCUAGAGUGUGCCAUGAACCGCCAUGGCUUCAAGGAAUGUGCAGUUGCGCACCAUGCCACUUCUCGCCAUCGCGGGCUACUGGGAGUAGAAAUUUGACGAUUUCAGUCACUGAUUCAUUGACCAAUGCAACGACAAUGUUCCACCAUCGCGCCAUAAUGGUAUCGCCACCGCCAUCUCCGAUCACAUCCCUUGGCUGGACGAAUUGCACAAACUCCAUGUCUUCGAGCUUCGUCGCGAGGCUGCUGCAAUUGGAGGUGAAUAGAUUAGAGGAGGAGAAAACGAAGGAGAAAGACAAAAAGGAUGACGAGAAACCAGAUGUUGCAGUUUCUAGCGAGUUGUGGCCGAAAAUGACAAAGAGAGACAGUCUAACACGCCGGAAAAGGACAAAGAGAGAUGGAAAGGCCGGUGACACAGCCUAUACAAAGAUCUUUGUUGGAGGACUGGCUUGGGGGACUAAGAGAGACACUUUAAAACACUAUUUUGAUUAGUUUGGGGAGAUCUUAGAGGCCAUUGUCAUCAUUGACAAUAUCACUAGAAGAUCAAAAGGAUUUCUAAGAAGGAACCAGUUUUUGUUCCCACUUUCCUAAGUUUCCUUCUCGAUGAAAUUUUGAGGGUUUCAUCAUUGCUGAAUCAACAAUUCGGAACCAAUUAGCAAUGUUCAGAUUCUGGCAAUUCUUCAUUACGCUCCUAAAACUUCUAUUAAAUUAAAAUAAAUUUUGUAUACAUACAUACAUGCACAAAUCUCUUUAUGCUUGGAUUGUUUGGAUUAAUGGGGAAAAAUGAAAGGGAAAAAGAUGAGAUGGAGUAGAAAUAAGGGAACUCAUUCCAAUUGAUUCCAUUGUUUUCAACCUUUUUCCUUACCUCCCCAAUCGAGUAUGCGAUGGCAUAGAUUUUUCUUUCUCAAUUUUAUUAGGAAUUUUAUUGUUGUCCUUUAUCUUCUUCAAUCCUAUAACACUAACCAAGUACAGGUGAAUACACACUGUGGGAGGAAUGAUUGGCAGCGACUACUUUAUUUUCCCAUGGCUCCAUUAGGAUUGCUCUCCUUCUCCAAAAAUAAG